CGUGCUAGGUGUGGCUCUCUGCCUGUGCGAUUAUGCAGCCAAGCAUUAAAAAGCCUUGUACAAUAACGAAGCACGGAAAACACAGAGGUUAUUUCUAAGGAGAUGCGUGGGUGAUCGGGUAGGGUUUUUUUGUUUUUUUCCAAGAAAUCCCGACCUGCAAAAAAUCAAGUGAUUACACGAGUCAAUGAAAUGAGGAUCAAGAAACAAUGGAGGGAUGACCCUCAUUAUCAUGCUUAUUCUACACCACCUCCACCACCACCACCAGAUCGUGUCUCAUCAACAGUACACCAAGCGCCAACUGAUGAUCCUCUUUUGAAUGGUAUUAUCAGAAGAGCAUCUUUUAUAAAUUCACAAGAACCACAUGACCGCUACCGUAUCAGCCCACCAUCUGUCGAUGAUACCAAUAAGUUAAGUCCCCGUUCUUGUGUUUCUCAUAAUGCACAGCUCUAUCUACCCAAAAAUCAACGGUCCUGUGACCCACCACCUGUGAUGAGGAGCACAAUCAACGCCUCCAUUUGCUCUAACCAGAACCCAGAAAUCUUAGCAGAAGAAAGAACCAGUGAAGAGAAGAGGCUCGUUGCUGCAAAUACCCAUCAGAGUACUACUAUGCAUAACAACAGGCACAGCAGUAGCAGCAGCAGCAGUAACGCAGACAUAUCAGCUGCAACUUCAGUUUCCUCGUCCUUACCUAGUUAUGGAAGCUGGUGUGAGGAAGAGAAAGUGUUCCCCUUAAAGAAAAGAAGGAUUAGCUUGGAAAGAUUCAUAAGCACCCAAGAAUCUAGAAAAGUGGACAAACAGAAGCGAAACAGGAAGAUUGCCAAAAUGUGGGCUAGCUCAGGAACUGAGGCUAUCUAUGGAGAAGAGAGAGAGGUAGAGAUCAACAGUGAUCAAGCAAUAGAGAAGAAUUUGAUGACGAGGUGCACUAAGGUGAAUGGGGCAGGAUGGAGAUGCAGCAAACGGAGGUUUGAAGGGUAUUCUUUAUGUAAGCACCACUUCAACAUGCAAAGGAUGUACAACAGCCGUCGUCCAAGAUUUGGUGGCAGUAAGAAGAGGAAGAAGGUAAUGAUAAGCAGUAUCCUUGACCGGACAAUGCCUUUGCUUGAUACAUGAAAAACUUAUUACUAAACGGAGGUUCUCACUCAGUGAUCAUGACAUGAAUGUAUAUAGUAGUUGAAGUAGGGUGUCAUAAACAAGUGAAAAAGAAAAUUAGUUAUGGUGAUAGACAAGUAAUCAUAGAGUGUAUCUUCAUGUAGAUGUCUUUUUGUCUCAGACAUAUGAUCAUGUUUCGGCGUCACAAGUGGAAAAGAAAUACACGAAGUAAUUUGCUUAUUUUCCCCUGUA